AUGAGGCCAAAUACGGUGAAUCAGAAUAACCAUAUCAAGCUGCAUGAAGAUAUACUGGAUAAUAUUUUUGCGAUACUGCGUGACGUGCAGGACAAAGAUAUGUUUCCGCCGUGGUGGAUUGGAUAUAGUCCCGCCUGGACCAACCUGCGUGCACUUUUCAACCUUACGCGAGUGUGCAAGGCCUGGCGAGUUCCUGCUGCGAGAGCGGCGCUCCGCAUCGUCGCAAUGGAUAUUCAUCGUGACUCAAUAUCUUCGUUAGUGUCGAUUUUGGACUCACUCAAGCGCAUUGCGACGAUUCACAUUCUAUAUCUAUCGUACCCCUGGCCAGAGACCAAUUAUUCCGACGAAGAGACAAUCGACCUGCUCCGUCAAUUACUCAGCAGGACGUCAAUGCUAUCUCAUCUCUAUCUGGACAACUUCUCGACAGAUUUUCUUCAAAACUCGUCCAUCAUGCAUCGUCUACACGAUCUUUAUCCAAUCACCCUUCGUGGCUAUGGGCUGCGUGGGAUAGGACUUUAUCGAUUCAUCCCCGAACAAUAUACUGGGCCCACGAUGUCAGACUUCAGAGAGCCUCGAAAGACAGUUCGUCCCCCGGUCAUCCUCGCGCACCUCCCACCACUGAAGAAUAUAACGGCGCUAGCGAUAUCCGGACUUGAUCUUUCUACCAUACCGAACCUCGAUCAGCACCUCAACUCCACAGCCUUCCGCCAUAUACAUCUCAGCGUGUGUUUUUUUCCUGGCCUUUUAGCUAGGGCAGGUGGUUCCAACCUGGAGACCAUCGUGAUCGACCGAUGUCUCGUCAAUGGAAAGGAGCUCUCCUGUUUACUCAAGCACUCCACGUCGCUACGGCGGGUCGAAUAUCACAAUCGCUCGCUGAUAGACUUGCCUCAACACCCUGGAUCGAUGAGACUAUUUGGAAGGCUGCGCUUUUAUGAAGAGGAUGUAUUAGAUACGCUACGCGAGCUCGCGGGGGAAGCAGAACUCUUCGGUGAUCAAGCCAGUGAACCCUCGUCUUCAAACUAUGUGUAUAUACUACCGGAUACUCGCAAAUUCAAACGCUACUAUAACACAUCCAUGAUAAUGUCCACGACCUGUGUCCUCAUACAUCGUGUGUCAGAACCUAGUGCAUCAGUUGAUACGCGCACAAAAGUCGACAGGCCUCCUCGUACCGAGAGUUUUGGUGGUCAGAAAAACGAUGCGUGUCAGCUUCCUCCAGUUCCAUCCGAGGAGGAGGCCAAAAACUAUUACUACGGGCUACCCUCGGAGCCUCGCCUAGUUGCUCGCUCUAAUGCGGAGAGCUGGUACGAAGCAUCAACCAUCCAUGAAGGCCCUCGUAAAGUGCUCAGUCCUUUUGGACCUCAUCCUCUUUUCCACAAAAUCUGGGAUAACGAGGUCGUUCCCACUCUUCUCAACUAUCUCAAUAAUGAAAAGGUGAACUUCACGAGUCUGGACCCUGUCCGCAUAGGAUAUGUAGAAGACGCCGCUCCUCCAGCCAUUCUGUGGAUUGGCGUCGUUUACGACUCGCUCGCUGGUGAGGCUGGCGUCAAGGUUGCCAACGACUGCAGAGAUAUUCUCCUCCGACUGGGUGUCGAUGACAUCCAUGUUGAAAUUCGGGAGUCAGAAAUCAUCAUCUGUGCAAAGCCCGAGCACCCAGGACCCGUAUCAGGCAUCAUCCCACCCUACAUUAUCGAGCCUCUUUCCACAACCAUUGGUCGUCCGAUCUCUACCAGUGAAAGCCCAGACGCCGAAGCUAAAUCCAACUUCAAAGACGCUACAACGAGUGGGGAUCAAGGCAAGAUGGAUGCCAGUCUUUCCAAAUUAGAGGCGAAAAGGGAAACGAUUGCGCAACUCGAUGAGCUUCUUGAACGCUUUACAAUGGAGUGGGGGGAUACAGAUGAUCGUGUGAUUGGGUCGGUCGCAUUUGCUCCACCAAUCAACCUCGGUCAAGGGCAGGGCAAAUUUACUGAAGACUGGACUUUAAUCGAACUGGACAAAUCCAAAUUCGAUGAGGAGAACUUUGUUGGAAAUAAGAUGAAUCUCCUGGCUGGCGACAAUACCGUCGAAAAUAUUCGCAAAGCGAUGGCACCUGACGACACGAACCGAACGACAAUCGGAAAUGAUCACGUCGACAGACCUCCGGGGGAGAGUCAUACAUGCAUGCUGGUCGUUAAAAAUGGUCAGGCAACUGGUCUUACAGUUGGGCGGCUACACGGCAUACACUCGGUCGUUAGAUACCCUAUGGAAGGUUUGACCGGCACGUCGAGGGAGAUUGUCAUCAUGCAAAGGGACGCUGAAUCUGGACGUUUCUCAGCCCUUGGGGACUCAGGUUCUGCUAUCCUCGAUGGCAGAGGCCGGCUUGCUGGUAUGUUGACGGCUGGUGCUGGAUCACAGAAAGGGCUCGACCUUACCUACGCUACGCCGGCCUACUGGAUCAUUGAACGGAUGAAAAAAGCAGGCUUCAAUCCGAACAUCUCACCUCGCUUUCCUAACAUUGAUCAAGGAUUAGGCACCGUCUAA